AUGAAGGCAUUAGCCAGAUUUUUGGAAUUAAAAAGACACAAACAGCCAACACAAAAAAAUUUUGGGAGCCACUACAGGAUUUGUUGCCUGCAAGUUUCUUGCACAUCCCAAGAGCACUACUCCAUGGAUAAAAUGUCAUCAGGAAGUUGGAAUGCUGGGAAGAAAAACGCAUACACAGCAAUCAAAGUAGAUCCUGAAGAGGACUACUGUACCCCAGGGGCAUUUGAACUGGAACGACUCCUCUGGAAGGGAUGCCCAAAGUACACUCACGUCAAUGAAGUCUGGCCCAACCUCUACAUAGGAGAUGAAAAAACUGCAUUAGAUCGCUACAGCCUGGAGAAGGAGGGAUUCACCCACAUCCUCAACGCAGCCCAUGGUCAGCGGAACGUGGAUACAGGACCAGAGUAUUAUCACAACAUGGCUGUGGAGUACCAUGGAGUGGAAGCAGAUGAUCUCCCCACUUUCAACCUCAGCCAAUUCUUUUAUUCAGCUUCUAAAUUCAUUGAUAAUGCGCUUCAGGAUGAAAGAAACAAGGUUCUGGUUCACUGUGCCAUGGGUCGCAGCCGCUCAGCCACACUGGUCUUGGCUUACCUGAUGAUUUACAAGAACAUGACAGUGGUGGAUGCCAUUGAGCAAGUGUCAAGACACCGGUGCAUCUUGCCAAACCGGGGCUUCUUGAAGCAGCUGAGAGAACUGGACAUAGCGCUGGCACUGCAGAGGAGGAACAGCAAAAACAGCCUACCACCUGACGGCGAGCAGAACAGCACCACCAUCUAGUAUUGCUCCUGGCAGGGCUGUGCUACUGGAAAAGAAACUCCAUAGAAGGA